AAAUAAUCAGCAGCAGCACAGAAAUCCAGAGAAGACGGAAAGUUGGGUUGGUCUGCUAGUUUAAGUGCAACCAAUAAUAAUACCUAAAAGUAAAGGGAAAAGCUUUGCAUUAUUACUCAAAAAUUUUGAAAGUGCAAGCAAGCAUGGAGGUGGGAUUGAUGCAGAGACAAUGGGUUGAGUACACAAAGUCGCUAUUCAUGGAGGGUUUCUUGGACAGUCAGUUUAUAGAGCUGCAGAAACUGCAAGAUGAGGGCAACCCAGAUUUCAUUGUUGAAGUGGUCUCUCUUUUCUUUGAGGAUUCUGAAAGGCUUCUCAAUGAUCUAACCAGAGCUUUAGAAGAGCCUGAUGUGGACUUUCAAAAGGUUGAUGGCCAUGUUCACCAGCUUAAAGGAAGCAGUUCUAGCAUAGGUGCACAGAGAGUUAAAAAUGUCUGUAUUACCCUCCGCAGCUUCUGUGAGGAACAGAACAUUGAAGGGUGCCUGAGAUAUCUGCAACAACUAAAGCAAGAGACCUGCCUGGUGAAAAACAAGUUUGAGAAUCUAUUCAGGAUGGAGCAACAAAUCAUGGCUGCUGGUGGGUCAAUCCCUACAACAGAAUUGCUAUUCUAAGUCUGCUGAUAUUCACAAAAGGCUAGAGAAUACUUCUGGAGUACUUGUUAUUAGAGAUGAUGGGAAUGUUGUUUUUCUUUUCGUUUUCUCGGAGGUCCUUGCGAAAUUACUGUUCUUCUAUUUGAUGAGACCUGUGUGAAAUUUUACUGCUGAGGAAGUAUUUUCUAAACCAUGUCACUUUCCUGGAUGAUGCCAAUGUUAUAAAAUGGUUGUAUUUAAAGAUUCCAAUGGAGUUCCACAAUGUGAACAAGACCUGUCUUGGCAUGUGCUU